UGAUUCGAGAAAAGGGAUGGACGGCUUGGAUAAACAGAUACAUAACGGUUGGUCCGCCCGCAGAACUGACCGUUCGGGGCUAGAGACGGGCGGGGAUAGACGCAAUCCACGUCCUCACUGCGCGAGGCGAGGCCGCUUCUUUUUAUUUCAACUAAAUCUGAGGCCCUUCAAUUCCAGCCCAUUCUCUUCCAAAUCUGCCCCUUCCCCCAAAUGGAGAAAGUUCCGGUGCUCCUCGUCUCUACAAACUUCCAAACGCUCCUACAACAUAACGCUGCUUCCCGGCGACGGCAUCGGUCCGGAGGUCAUAUCCGUCGCGAAGGACGUUCUCACCCUCGCCGGCUCUCAACAAGGUAUUGAGUUUCGGUUUCAAAAAAUGUCUGUUGGAGGGGAAGCGAUAGAUUCAGCAGGAGUUCCAUUGCCAGAAGAAACCCUUUCAGUCGCCAAACAAUCAGAUGCAGUUCUUCUUGGAGCCAUCGGAGGGUAUAAAUGGGAUAACAAUCCGCCUCAAUUGAAACCUGAAACUGGAUUGCUUCAGCUUCGGAAGGGUCUUGGCGUCUUUGCGAAUCUGAGGCCAGCGACUGUGCUACCACAAUUGGUUGAUGCUUCCACUUUGAAAAAAGAGGUUGCGGAAGGGGUUGACCUCAUUGUUGUAAGAGAGCUUACUGGAGGAAUUUACUUUGGAAAGCCGAGGGGUUUUGGAACAAAUGAAAAGGGUGAGGACAUUGGUUUCAACACAGAGGUCUAUUCUACUUCUGAGAUUGAUCGCAUUGCUCGCAUCGGUUUUGAGACAGCUCGAAAACGACGUGGAAAGCUAUGCUCUGUUGAUAAAGCAAAUGUAUUAGAGGCAUCCAUGCUAUGGAGGAAAAGAGUGACAAAAGUGGCAUCUGAAUACCCUGAUGUGGAGCUCUCGCACAUGUAUGUUGACAAUGCGUCAAUGCAACUUAUCCGCAAUCCAAAGCAGUUCGAUACAAUUGUGACAAACAACAUCUUUGGCGACAUUUUGUCUGAUGAAGCUUCGAUGCUUACAGGAAGUAUAGGAAUGCUCCCAUCUGCUAGCCUUGGUGAAUCGGGACCUGGCCUUUUUGAACCCAUCCAUGGGUCUGCUCCUGAUAUUGCUGGACAGGACAAGGCAAAUCCAUUAGCAACAGUUCUCAGUGCUGCGAUGCUUUUGAGGUAUGGACUAGGAGAAGAAAAUGCUGCUAAGAGAAUUGAGAAUGUGGUGCUAGAGACUCUGGAUAAAGGCUUUCGAACAGGCGACAUUGUUUCAACUGGAAAGACAUUGGUGGGAUGCAAAGCAAUGGGAGAAGAAGUGCUGAAGUUGCUAGAUUCUCUAAGCCCCGCUCCAGUUUCUUGUUGAAAUCAGAUGGGAAGUAGCUGGCAGAAUAUGAGAUUCGGGAGUGAAGUCCUGCUGAAGGUUUGUAUCUGCUUGGCCUUCUCACAUGUUGUCAUGUGGGGCUGCCUCUAUGGUCUGGGUCCACGGCAGUGUGGGGUCAGCCAAACUCACAAAAACUAACUCCCAUUGCCUAUCUGCUGCGACCGUUCAAUGUUGUGUUACUAACUUUUGCUGUCUCAAUACUUAUGGGGAGAUUAUACAGUUUAGCGUGGAAAAAUCGUAAUAUGGUUAGGGCACAUCUCCGCACGAUACACGGUAUGGAGAUGUUGAAAUCAGGUCCGCCCAUGUGCCGGGCCCUGGUAUGGAUGGUUUUCAUAUCGAAGAUCAUUCUCAAUUAUACGUUAUAUCUCAUCUCAUUUGUGUCCAUUAAAGUGACGAUGGAGAACAAAAUCAGUUAUUGGAUUAUGCACUGGAAGUAUCUGUAACAAACUGUACACUAGUAAUGGAUAUGAUUUGAUCGUGGGUUUUACUUUUAAAAUGUCCUGGUGCAGUAUAUGGGUGGACCAGAUCGAUGAUAUAU